AUUUUACACACACAUUUGUUCAGAAAAUAAAAACUCAUUCUUUCAAACAAGAAUUCAAUCUUACGCAGCGCUAGUUUGUGAAAAGAAAAUAAAAAGUAAAAACUUUCUUCAAGAAACACUCACAAUUGGGUGGGUCGCUCAAAGAUCAAGAAUCUGGUAUGCUCGAUUUCUGUUUGCUACGAACCUGAUCCAGCAUCGAAAAUAGUUUGUUGCCAGAUUUCGCCUGUUAAUACCCCAUAAUUACAAGGAGAGUUGCUAUCAUGUAUCAGUUUUUACUUUUAUGCUGAAUAAUUUUUGCAAAACAACAGCAGAUGUCACCUUGCUUUUCACAUGGGCUAAUUCUGUUGGAGGACAUUCUGAAUUUACUGGUCAGCACUUCAACUCAAAGAUAAAGACUGCAAAAGAGCAAUCUCCCGUCACAUUUGCAAGUGCCGCAAAAGAGACCGAAUAUGUUCAUGUCUCAGAAUGCCCUCUCUUUGUUAUAUCUGGUUUUUACGAGGGUAUCUCAGCGAAGGACAUCUGGCAUGAAAUUAAACAGGUUGAUCCUUUCCUGCAACUGGUUAACGACAGCAAGUUACAAGCUGUUGUUAAUACAGCUAGGCAGCCAAGAGUCAUCCAUGUUAAAAGAACGGCUGCUUAAUAAAAUUUCACCAGAUGAUGCUUGUCCAUUGGGAGUCCAGUUGUCACUUGAUACAACAGGAAAUAUUUUCCAGUCUGGACUAAAGGACUAUAAACAUUCUGAUAUGGUUGAUAUUCCAUUAUUUACUAUUGAUGAUGAUAUUCCAACUUCUGGUUUGGGAAGCCAAGCUAAUGCUGGUGGACAAGAGUUUUCAGAUAAUCUAAUCCUGCUGAGUGUUGAUGACAUUUUGGGUAGUAAUCCUUCUAUGAUGAAUAGAUUGAAGUCAAGAGUAGCUAGUGUGAGGAAGCCUCAAGCAUCUGUAACUAUUGAAGAACAUACUACAAAUAGUUCUGAUACGCAACAGGUAUUACCGAUUAGGCUGAGUAGUCAUCAGAUUACCCUUCUGCUAUCAUCAAUCUGGGUGCAGUCAGUCUAUCCUCUGAAUACACUUGAAAAUUUUGAAGCAAUUGCUCAUACCUACAACCUUGUCUUGCUAGUUGCCCGGAAUAAGAAUUCUUCCGAUGAUGCUCUAAUUCAAAGUUUUCAGUUGGCAUUUUCCUUGAGGAGCAUUUCUCUCAAUGAAAAGGGUAGAACCUUGAAUCUAUAUUAUUUAAUGUUUGAAUGUUACUAUGUCUUUUGUAAGAAAGACGAGCUCAAUAUCAGCGACAUAUGAUAUGGAUAUCUUAUGAACCUGUGUUUAGAAUCACAUUUUUUUCCCCCCAUUCAUUCCUUGUAAGGGAAGGUUUGGUACUCCGGAAAGGAAAUUGAUAGAGUAGAGAAAUUAAAUGAACAAAGAAUGGAGGAACGUAUUGAAUUAAAGAAUAGAAUAAGCUCUUAGAUACAAGGAAACCAUAGCAAAUGUUCCUCUGAGCUGAGAGACUCUCUCUCUCUCUCUCUCUCUCUGUGCCAAUCACCAGGGUCCUAAUUGAAAGAUGUUCAUGAUUCCCUCAUAAUCUUAUUCCCACAUUAAUCUAUAUUGGCAUAUUCUAACAAACUUCCAGCUAGGCAGAUCACACGUUUUCUUUCUUGUUUCUGCAUUCAUCAUACACCCUCAGAGUAAUGAGCUAAUCAUUCUUAAGGCACAGUGACAUGCCGCCCUUUGCUUCCCUAACAUUCUGGACCAUAUGGGGCAUCCCAUCAAAAACAUUCCAUUCCAUCUCUAGUAUUCAAGCAAGAAUGGUGAUUCCUCAAUUUGAUAUGAAAAGAAGACAUGAGUGCCAAUUCCAUUUCAGUUCUUGGUUCUACAAAGACAGGACUGGUCAUUCCUUUUUAGUGUGGUGGAAUAAAAAAUCAUUGCAGUUAUGAAUGUAUUAGACCUUGUUCGUUGAUUCCAUUCUCCAUUGAUUCCAAAUGUCCCAAAAUUCUUUUUGAACCAAUAGGAGAAACUCUCAGUUUGGUUUUAAUCGUUUAACUAUAAUCAUUUUAAUUAAAUGUUUAAAUUAUAGGAGGCUCUAUGAGUAAGUAUUUUAUCCGGCAGAUUCCAGAUUACUAUGAAGGUUAAAAUUUGUGAACAAAGUUUCUGCAGAAAAUUCUUUAUUUCAUUGUCCCCUAAUCAGUGAUAACUUGCUAGUUGUUGACAUCCUGGGCUCAGUGCCUUAUUUCUUCCAUUUCUCUAAUCAUAUAACUACGAUAGCUUAAACUUUUGUCAGGAUUCAUAUGCGACAUCAAAUAUCUGAUUUAAAAAGAUUGAACGGAAAAGAAUAAAUGAUAAGCAUUCGUAUUAAUUUUAAUGAUUGUAAUUAAAACAUUGUAGUCAGUGGCAUGGAAAAUUCUAAUGCAGUGCGUGAUGUAACAUACUUAACAGGAAAGUUUGGCAGUUAGCAUUUUGCAUGAUAUACAAAAUUCAUCAGAUUUCUUACAUAUAGAACUGGAAGUUAUUUAGUCAAAAAAAAAAAAA